AACCUAAAGCCAGGCCCUGCAGCAACAGAACUGGGCACAGGAAAGAGCCCCGCUCUGUCACUACAUGCGAAAAGAGACGUACCCGGGGGCCAAGCAAAACAGCACCUAAAUCCAGGGAAUUUAUCGAGACAGAGUCUUCAUCAUCCUCCUCUUCCUCCGAUUCAGAUUCAGAAUCCGAACAAGAGGAAUAUUCUCUCCCUAAACCUCAGACUGUGGCCUCUGCUUCAGCUGGAAAUGACCAGAGGUUGAAGGACUCUGGGAGCAGUAACUCCAACAAAACCAACAGCAGCUGUAGUGCCUUUGGCUCCAUUAAUGCCAGGACUAGUAAUGAAAUAGCAAAGGAGCUGGAGGAACAAUUUUACACCCUGGUUCCUUUUGGUAGGAAUGAGCUCCUGUCUCCUCUGAAAGACAGUGAUGAGGUAAAAUCACUGUGGGUCAAAAUUGAUUUGACUCUUUUGUCCAGGAUUCCAGAGCGUUCACCUGAGGAGCCGUUGGCAAUGAGCACUGGAGCAAAAGAAGUAGCCAGCAUUCACCAGAAUAACAGUAUUGACCCACCAGCGGAAAAGGUUUUACCAAAAUCUAGAAGGAAACGCAAGUGUGAAAAUGAAGAGGAGCACAGGGAGAACAAGAAGCCUCAUUUAGAGCGAGAGUGUUCUUCACGAUUAAUUGCCUCUGCCCAAAGUAUUUCAACAGCAAAUCAUUGCAACAUAAAUGAAAAUAGCUUGGCAAUACCAAUAAAUAAAAAUGAGAAAAUGCUUCGGUCACCCAUCUCACCCCUCUCGGAUGCAUCAAAACACAAAUACUCCAGCGAUGAUUUAACUUCUUCCAGUAGACCUAAUGGCAGCAGUCUGUUACCUUCCGUCUCCUCCAGCAAAAAACAUAAGGGUGAAAUCCAGUCACAGCAACAUCCUGGAGACUUCAAUAAAGCAAUUCAUAUCAAUUCAGAAAAUGUUCUCUGCAAUAAGCCACAGUUCCAAACAGAGCCAUGGUCACCUUUAUCCAAUGCACCGAGGGACUGCAGAAGAACAAAGCUUGUCUUCGAUGAUAUGCCACGCAAUGCAGAUUACUUUAUGCAAGAAGCUAAACGGAAGAAACAUAAAGCAGAUGCAAUGGUGGAGAAAUUUGGAAAGGCACUUAAUUAUGCUGAAGCAGCAUUGUCAUUUAUUGAAUGUGGAAAUGCUAUGGAACAAGGCCCCAUGGAAUCUAAAUCCCCUUAUACAAUGUACUCAGAAACAGUUGAACUUAUCAGGUAUGCUGUGAGGCUAAAAACCCACUCAGGCCCUAAUGCCACUCCGGAGGACAAACAGCUUGCAGCAUUAUGUUUCCGUUGCUUGGCCCUUCUGUACUGGAGAAUGUUCCGACUCAAAAGAGACCAUGCUGUAAAGUAUUCAAAAGCACUUAUUGAAUAUUUCAAGAAUUCAUCAAAAGCUGCACAGGCCCCAUCCCCCUGGGGUGCCAGUGGAAAGAGCACAGGAACUCCAUCCCCCAUGUCCCCAAGUCCUUCUCCAGUCAGCUCUGUAGGAUCCCAGGGGAGCACCGGUACCCCUUCCCCUUCCUCCAUCAUCAGCAUUCCCCAGCGUAUUCAUCAGAUGGCUGCCAAUCAUGUCAGCAUCACCAACAGCAUCUUGCACAGUUAUGACUACUGGGAGAUGGCUGACAAUCUGGCCAAGGAAAACAGAGAUUUUUUUAAUGACUUGGAUGCAUUGAUGGGACCUGUCACCUUGCACAGCAGUAUGGAGCAUUUAGUUCAGUAUACUCAACAAGGACUUCACUGGGUGCGGAAUAGUGCUCACUUGUCAUAAUGACUGUGUGCCAUUCAAAGGGACUGUGUACUCUCCCAUGGACAAUUCAGUUAUUCUGGACACUGUGCUACAGAAAUAAUCUACCACAGCAUUGAUCCAAACAAAGGUGACUAUUUCUUCAACAUUGAACAAUAUUUUUCAGAGUGUAGACAUGUAUGUGUGUGUAUAUAUUAUAUACAGCUGUGUCCCUGCAUUGUUCCAUAAUAGUCAUCAAGCAUCUUCAUACUAGAGACAAAUCUGAUCACACUUGCAUUUAGUGCAUAAACACACUGUUUCUAUUCUUGUGUUUGGAA